AUGAUUGAUGGUAAAUUAGGACGUGGAUUUGAGAGGUUUUGGAAUGAAUAUAGUAAAGACAUGCAUGGGGGUGGUGGUAGACAUAGAGGUGGUAAAGGUAGUAAAGGUAAAGGCAGUGGAAGUGGAAGACAUGGCGGUGCACAUGGUGGUAGUGGUAAGCAUGGUGGUGGAAGUGGAACACAUGGUGGUGGACAUGGUGGUGGAAGUGGAACACAUGGUGGUGGACAUGGUGGUGGACAUGGUGGUGGAAGUGGAACACAUGGUGGAGGACAUGGAGGUAGUGGUAAACAUGGAGGAGGUAGUGGAACACAUGGUGGUGGAAGUGGAACACAUGGUGGUGGAACUGGGACACAUGGUGGUAGUGGGACACAUGGUGGUGGAAGUGGAACACAUGGUGGUGGACAUGGAGGUAGUGGUAAACAUGGAGGAGGUAGUGGGACACACGGAGGUGGGAUCGGAACACAUGGAGGUAGUGGUAAACAUGGAGGGGGUAGUGGGACACAUGGUGGUGGACACGGAGGAGGUAAUGGAACACAUGGAGGAGGUAGACACGGAGGUGGUAGACAUGGAGGAGGUAAUGGAACACAUGGAGGGGGUAUACAUGGAGGUAAUGGCAGAGGAAUCAAUGGAAUUGGUAUCAGUUUAGAAAGUGGUAAUGGAGGUGGUAAUGGGCAUGGUGGUAAGCAUGGGAGUGGUGGUGGAAUACAUGGUGGCAAUAACGGAAUUGGAGGUGGAACACAUGAAUAUACACAGGGUUUAGCUUCGACCUAG